AUGCCUCGCGUCCUCGUCACAGGCGGCAGCGGCUUCCUCGGCGGCACUGUAGUCGACACUCUACUUGCUCGCGGCUACUCAGUCGUCACAACGGUACGCUCCACCGAAAAAGCGCAACAAAUGCGCCUCGACCGACCACACAUCCCUGCCUCUCAACUCGAGUUCGCCAUUGUACGCGACAUUGCACAGUUGGAUGCCUUUGACGACGCCGUGCAACAGAAUCCGGCCCUAGAUGCGGUCAUUCACACCGCUUCCCCGUUCCAUUAUCGUAUCGAUGAUGUGAAGAGGGAUAUGCUUGACCCUGCCGUGAAUGGAACAGUGGGCGUACUGCAAUCAAUUAAGAAAUAUGCCCCAUCAGUGAAAAGGGUGGUGAUUACGUCUAGUUUUGCGUCUAUGUAUAACAAUCCUAAUAAACCUACUGGAUCGACGUAUAGCGAAAAGGAUUGGAAUCCCGUGACAUGGGAGACUGCCCUUGAGCCUGAGAAUGCGGCUGGUCAAUCCGGAUAUCGCACCUCAAAGGCCCUUGCGGAAAAGGCGGCGUGGGAGUUUGUGGAAAAGGAGAAACCGGGCUUUGCGUUGACGGCGAUUAMCCCGCCACUCAUCUUUGGGCCUGUUGCUGCGAAUACUAGUUCGGUGGAAGGCAUGAAUACGUCCAAUGUGCGAUUUGUGGAGUUUAUUACGGGGAAAGUCAAAGAGAAGUGUCCGCCGACGGGCAGUCUGUUUUGGGUUGAUGUGCGAGAUGUUGCGUUGGCGCAUGUAUUGGCUAUUGAGAAGGAUGCGGCGGCCGGUCAACGUUACUUUGUGGCUGCUGAUCCAUUUAGUAAUGUCGAAUUGGUUGAUAUUAUCAGCGAGUCGUUCCCUAAAUACAAGGAUCAGUUACCGACGGGCGAGGCGUUGAAGUUGGGGAGAUAUCCGGAAGGGGGACCGCCGUAUAAGGUCGAUAACUCGAAGUCUGUGAAUGAGUUGGGACUCAAUUUUAGGACAUUGAAGGAAAGUGUUGAGGAUACAGUGAAGAGUGUUGAGCGUUUGCUGGAAAAGGCUUGA